AUGUCUCAGGUGGUGACACUGAUGAACGUGGACCUACUGAGACAGCAGCAUCGGUGGAAGGACGGCCUGCAGGACCUCCGCACGGGCUUUGCCACUCUGGAGGCUCAGGGCUUCCGGUCCGAUGACAUGCGGGCCUGGCGUCAGCAUUGGAACCAUCAGCUGUACAAAGCUCUGGAACACCAGUAUCAGACCGGUCUCGAGGCUCUGAACAAGAACCUGCCUGAAAUACUCAUAGACCUCACUUUCAAGCAGGGUCGAUUGCAGUUCCGUCCUCCCUUUGAGGAAGUGCGAGCACGCUAUUUCAGGGAGAUGAAGCGGUUCAUCUCAAUACCAAACCAGUUCAAAGGGGUCAGUGCCCAGGGGGAGGAGCUUAUCUUCAGCGUCAUGAUUGAUAGAAAUGCCACUGGGUUCGUCACCAUCUUCAGCAAGGCCGAGGACCUCUUCAGCCGCCUGCAGGCUAUACAGCACAAGUUCAAGGUGCACAAACAACACAUUCUUUUGACAUUGAUACUAAUUAUGGCUGAUUUAUAUUUUUCAACUGAGGCAAAAAACCCACAUGUAUACUGUUAA